AUGUCCACUGGCCCAGAUCCGAGUGCAGCAAAUGCGCCGGCGAUUGCUGAAGCCGUGCAGGGCCCCAAUGUCGAUGGCGUUGAGACUCCCUACAAGCAGGAGCGUUCGCCCUUCGCGCGGAAGGUCGCCACCGCCUACUACUACCUUGCAAGGCCCCAGGAAGAGGAGACACGAAUCAAUGCUGCUGUGAUCAUCCUCGCGGCGGUCGUCUAUGGAGUGCUAUACUUUGCCAUCGGCAGCGUGUUCCUGCCGGGGCAUGCAGCCUGGUGCACCCUCCUCCUGUGGGUCGCGUCCAACAUUGGUGCCUUCGUCGCCUUCCAGCUCAGGCUGCCGCGUGUCAUCGGCAUGCUGUGCGCGGGCCUCCUCAUGCAAAACCUCCCCUGGUCGGCGGUGGAUGCCUUCCCACCUCGAUGGGGUACUCAGAUGAGGGCUGCUGCCCUCGCCACCAUCUUCCUGCGCUGCGGCCUGGAGCUGGAUCUUGGAACAAUGAGGCGGUACAAGUACCCAGCCAUCCGAUUGGCCCUCAUCCCAGGCCUGGUCGAGGCCUUGUACGAUGGCGCGCUGGCCACAGCGCCUGCGCUCUUUGGCAUGCCCAUCCUUCUCGGCUUCACCAUGGGCUUCAUCCUCAAGGCAGUCGGUCCUGGUCUGGUGGUACCUGCCAUGUUCAAGUUGCAGAAGACUGGGCUGGGCAAAGAUCAAGGUAUCCCGUCCACCAUCGUCAUCUCCGCCUCCUUUGAUGACAUUGUGGCCAUCACCGGCUUUGCCAUCUUCUCCCACAUCGCCAUCACUGGGGGCCCCGAGUCUGGGAAUCUUGGAUGGGAGAUCGCUCAGGGCCCUGUACAGGUUGUCUUUGGUAUCCUGGGAGGUCUACUCGGUGGUUUCAUCAUUGGGUGCACCCGCAUCUUUUAUUCACGCCUGAUUCGCCUGGUAGCCAUCUACGGUGGUGCCCUUCUGAUCAUGUUCUUCCUGGAGUACUACGGCAUGCUCUCGGGGGGCGCUCUGGGGUCCCUCACUAUCGGGCUGGCCACCGCCAACUUCUGGGAGCGGGGACUGCCUCGCUGUGGCUCCCUGGGGCCCAGCUUCACCUUCUCAACCGAGGUUGAGCGUUUCCUUGAGGUCAUCUGGUCCUGGGUGAUGGAGCCCAUGCUGUUUGUGACCAUCGGGGCCUCGAUCAAUUUCCAGACCCUGAGCUCUGGUACCAUCCCUAAGUCUCUGGUCAUCAUCUGCACAGGCAAGGGGCUAUGGCUUGGGGAGAGCAGGCGUGUCAUCCUCCGCAUGAUCGUGACCUUCUUUGCCAUGUCACGCGGUGGGUACACCACCAAAGAGAAGAUCUUCUUUGCCCUGGCCUGGACGCCCAAGGCCACCGUGCAGGCUGCACUGUCAGCCACGCCCUUGGCAAUGAUCCAAGCGGCCAAGGCUGGCCAACCCGAUUAUGCACAAUGGGAGCAGUGGGGAUAUGACAUCCUGACGACUGGUAUCUUCGCCAUCAUCAUCUGUGCCACCCUGGGAGUGCUGGCCAUCCAUCUCACCGCACACCGCUUCCUGGAAAUGCCCGAGGAGAGUGAUGAGGGCCGUCCGCAGCCAUCUCAUCCCUCUGGGGCUGCCAGCAAUGUGGCCCUGCACCGGAGCCUCUCCACCAUGACCAAGCGGCGGGGAACAGAGGGAGGCCUCAACCAGUCAGCCUCUGCAGAGGGGCGUCAGGUUGGGUACGAGGACGACCACACCCUCCUGCAUCACAACAUUGCACUGGAGGACUAUGAGGUUGUGGCGCUGUACAUCGAUGCCAUCUCAGAGCUGUCGACGCUGGUGGCGUCUGGCAAGCCCGACGAGGAGGAGCUGCAGAGGUUAUCCCACCACGUGGCCAUGAUGAAGAGGAGAGUGGAGCAGGAGGUGGGCCAGCGCGAGGUCACUGUCAGAGAACUCUUCCGUUCAGCCUCCCUCCUGGCCGCCAACAAGCCUGUCGUGACUUCCGUCUUGAUCUGA